CUGAUUUUUUCUCCUAUAAAUACCCCAUCUCCCCUUCAUUUCUACUCACCCCAUUCUUGUGUUAACAAGGAUUUCUCUUCUCAAUCUCACAAUUUCUCUCAUCUCUAUCUCCAUUCUCUCUAAUUGUUCAAGUUGUUUACUAUAUUUGUGCAAAUUGUUCUUAUAAUUUACUUCAAUUGUCUAUCAUAAUCAUCCGGUCAUCCCUCACUACUCUUGUUAUACUCUCUCUUUAUUUUUCAAUUUGCAAAAAAUGUCUUCAUCUCGUCGUGGUGGUGAUCGGGGCAAGGGAAUUGCCCAAGACCAAGAUCAAAGUGGUCUUCGGAAAUCAAGACGCCCUAGUCGUCGUGAGGUUAUGGAUGAGGUUUCCCGACAAACCGCUAUGCGUUUGCAAGCCGAAGAAGAUCAUAGGGCUGCCAUGGCACUUAGCAACAUGAGCGGCGGCGAAGGUUACGAGUCUUAUCACUCUUAUGGUAACGUGAAUUUAUCAUCCGACGACGACGGUGAUAAUGGUGGAGGAUCUGCACAAUAUCCUCCGACGAGCGCCGGACAAGUUGGUGAAAAUGAUGAAGCGGUUCCUCCUCCUGAAACUCAAACCGAGCGGGGCAAAGCAUCCGAUCGAAUAUGGGGCCGCCAAAUCCCAAACCCAACUAAACUUCCCAUCCGGUGCGUCUGAAACAACAGGUACGCCUCUUUUUAAAUAUGAUCAUAAAGUCGCUCAAGAUGCUAUGGUUAGAUGGGCUGCAAUGAAGCACUUGCCUUUCAAUUUUUUUGAUGACAAAAAAUAUGAAGUUACUAUGCAAACCGCU